AUGAAAAUAGUGACCUUAUUCUUAUUUCUAAUACUAACGAUUUUCAAUAGCUCUGUAGCUAUACAGACACCCCACACACCGUGGACACCCCUUACCCUGCUGAAGCCGCCUACCCUGCCCACGCCGCCUACUCCGCCGACGCCGCCAACUCCGCCUACGCCGCCAACUCCGCCAACUCCGCCUACGCCGCCAACUCCGCCUACUCCGCCAACUCCGCCUACUCCGCCUACGCCGCCAACUCCGCCUACUCCUCCUACACCGCCAACGACGCCUACGCCCCACGCACCCCACGCGCCCCACGCGCCUCACGCACCCCACGCACCCCACGCACCCCACGCACCCCACGCCCCCCACGCACCCCACGCACCCCACGCACCCCACGCACCCCACGCACCCCAUGCACCCCAUACUCCGUGGAGACCCCGUACCCUGCCUAAGCCACCUACCCUGCCGACGCCGCCUACUCCGCCUACGCCUCCUACGCCCCCUACGCCGCCAACUCCCCCUACGCCGCCUACACCCCCUACGCCGCCUACACCCCCUACGCCGCCUACUCCCCCUACGCCGCCUACUCCCCCUACGCCGCCUACUCCCCCUACGCCGCCUACUAAUGUAAUGGUCCUAUACUUACUCUACGUAUUCCGCCUACCUGCCCACGCCGCCUACUCCGCCGACGCCGCCAACUCCGCCUACGCCGCCAACUCCGCCAACUCCGCCUACGCCGCCAACUCCGCCUACUCCGCCAACUCCGCCUACUCCGCCUACGCCGCCAACUCCGCCUACUCCUCCUACACCGCCAACGACGCCUACGCCCCACGCACCCCACGCGCCCCACGCGCCUCACGCACCCCACGCACCCCACGCCCCCCCACGCACCCCACCGCCCCCCCACGCACCCCACGCACCCCACGCACCCCACGCACCCCCACGCACCACAUGCACCCCAUACUCCGUGGAGACCCCGUACCCUGCCUAAGCCACCUACCCUGCCGACGCCGCCUACUUCCGCCUACGCCUUCCUACGCCCCCUACGCCGCCAACUAUGGAUCCCCCUACGCCGCCUACAACCCACACCAUACGCCGCCUACCCCCCCUACGCCGCCUACUCCCCCUACGCCGCCUACUCCCCCUACGCCGCCUACUCCCCCUACGCCGCCUACUAAUCUCUGUAGCUAUACAGACACCCCACACACCCGUGCGACACCCCCUUACCCUGCUGAAGCCGCCUACCCUGCCCACGCCGCCUACUCCGCCGACGCCGCCACUACGCCUACGCCGCCAACUCCGCCAACUCCGCCUACGCCGCCAACUCCGCCUACUCCGGCCAACUCCUCCGCCAACUCCGCCUACUCCGCCUACGCCGCCAACUCCGCCUACUCCUCCUACAAACCGCCAACGACGCCUACGCCCCACGCUGCCAAGAUCCAUAUUCCCAAUCGCAGCAGUAGUGGAAAUAGCAACCGUGGAGCAGCGACAAUCCAACGGAAGACCUAUAAUCAUCCAUUAGUUUAUUUAAUCAAGACACCCCACACACCGUGGACACCCCUUACCCUGCUGAAGCCGCCUACCCUGCCGACGCCGCCUACUCCGCCUACGCCUCCUACGCCCCCUACGCCGCCAACUCCGCCUACGCCGCCAACUCCGCCAACUCCGCCUACGCCGCCAACUCCGCCUACUCCGCCAACUCCGCCCACUCCGCCUACGCCGCCAACUCCGCCUACUCCUCCUACAACCGCCAACGACGCCUACGCCCCACGCACCCCACGCGCCCCACGCGCCUCACGCACCCCACGCACCCCACGCACCCCACGCACCCCACGCCCCCCACGCACCCCACGCACCCCACGCACCCCACGCACCCCACGCACCCCAUGCACCCCAUACUCCGUGGAGAACCCCGUGACCCUGCCUAAGCCACCUACCCUGCCGACGCCGCCUACUCCGCUACGCCUCCUACGCCCCCUACGCCGCCAAACUCCCCCUACGCCGCCUACACCCCCUACGCCGCCUACACCCCCUACGCCCGCCUACUCCCCUACGCCGCCUACUCCCCCUACGCCGCCUACUCCCCCUACGCCGCCUACUAAUGCUGCCAAGAUCCAUAUUCCCAAUCGCAGCAGUAGGGGAAUAGCAACCGUGGAGCAGCGACAAUCCAACGGAAGACUAUAA